AUGAGUGAGAGGAUGGGUGAGAGGACGGGUGAGAGGACGGGUGAGAGGAUGAGUGAGAGGAUGAGUGAGAGGACGGGUGAGAGGAUGGGUGAGAGGACGGGUGAGAGUACGGGUGAGAGGAUGGGUGAGAGGAUGGGUGAGAGGAUGGGUGAGAGGAUGGGUGAGAGGACGGGUGAGAGGACGGGUGAGAGGACGGGUGAGAGGACGGGUGAGAGGAUGAGUGAGAGGAUGGGUGAGAGGACGGGUGAGAGGAUGGGUGAGAGGACGGGUGAGAGGACGGGUGAGAGGAUGAGUGAGAGGAUGAGUGAGAGGAUGGGUGAGAGGAUGGGUGAGCAGGAGGUUAUGAUUUUACUGUCGUUCCUCUCCGAUGCCCUGAAAGGCGUUGGUGAAGCACGUGAUGCUAUAGGGGUAUCGCACUCCGGAGCAGUUGGUUAG